AUGCGUGCUUCCAUCUUUGUUGCUCUUGCUGCCGCCUUGGCCCCUGCUGUCUAUGCUGGUCCCUACUUUACUGCCCCUGUUGCCGGGACCACCUGCACGGCUGGCCAGCCCUGCGUGGUCACAUGGCAGGAUGAUGGCAAGGCCCCCGCUCUGAAAGACUUCGGUGAUUGCUCUGUCGGCGUCUACGCUGGCAGCGCCCAACAACAGUCGUUGAUCCAGAACCUUGCUAUUACCAACGCACAAACUGCCUCCACUGUUCAGUUUAUUCCUGAUCCUGCAGCAGGCGAGGAGUCGACUGCCUACUUCAUCAAGAUGAUCUCGCUCAACACUGCUGACCCAACCAAUGCCAUGUACAAGGCCACCGCCUACUCGGCCAUGUUCGCCCUCAAGGGCAUGACUGGUAAAUUCAACUCGACUGUACAGGCUCAGAUUGCUGGCACCGCUGCUUCUUCUACCGAAGUCAUUCCUGGCGGUACUUCCACCACUGCCACCAGCUCCACCAGCUCCAAGAUCAGCACCACUCACACCUCGACUUCUUCUACUGCUACCGGCACUCCCGCUAGCUCUAACAAUGCCGCAACCAACGGCGCCGGCUCUAUUGUUGUUGGUAUGGGCAUGUUUGGUGCUACCGUGCUCGCUGCUUUCGCCGGGGUCCUCUAA